AUGUCCAUUAAUGCAAUAACCAAUCUAAUAAGAAAAGGAAAUUAUAACAAAAUCAAUGCUAAAUUAGCAUUCUAUCAGUGGGGAGAAGAGAAUGGGAAGAAGAAAAUGCACUGGUGCUCUUGGAAGAAGAUGACACAGCAGAAGGAUAGAGAGGGGCUAGGAUUUAAGGAAUUGCAAAGCUUCAAUAGAGUUCUAUUGGGAAAACAAGUAUGGAGGAUGGUGACAACUCCUAAUUCUCUAGUAUCUAAAGUGCUAAAAGCCAAAUAUUACCCACAUGAGUCAAUAUUCAGAUGCAAAAUCAAGCAGAACUCUUCUUGGAUUUGGCAGAGUUUGAUGGGAGCAAGGGAUUUGGUGGAAAAAGGAACCUAUAGGAAAAUUGGAAAUGGUAAGAGCACUAAGAUAUGGGAGGACAAAUGGAUACCAGGGAAUUCCUAA